AUGAAGACUUCUUUUGGUGCCUUUGUCCUUAUGUGGACUCAGCUUGUUAGUGCCCAGUAUGGAGGCGGUGGUGAAACAAGCAUGACCACCACUACUACUGCCGCCACAACCAAGUCCUCUUCCUCAUUGAGUUCCGUUCAAACAAUCAACGUUGGCAAGUCUGGCCUGAAGUUUUCUCCGGAUACUCUCAAUGUUGCUGCUGGAGACAAAGUGGAGUUCCACUUUUUCCCAGGUGAUCACUCAGUGACCCAAGCGUCCUUUGAUAAGCCGUGUCGCCCAUUGAGUGACAGCAGCUUCUCUAGUGGGUUCGUUACGGGAAGCAGUAAUGGAUCGCCCCCCGUCUUCACCUUGACCGUUAAUGACACGAAACCCAUUUGGUUCUACUGCGGCCAGGUCGGACAUUGUCAGGCUGGGAUGGUCGGCGUGAUCAACCCCGGUAGUGGCGCGAACACUCUCUCCGCAUUUAAUACUGCGGCCGGGAGUACCACCGGCAGCAGUGUACCAGCGAAUAUCCAAGGCGGUAUACUCGGGAAAGAGAGCGACCAGUCUUCCGCAUCCACGUCCACGUCCGCUUCCACCGGUGGGUCAUCCACCACCAGCGCGGGAGCCUCGAGCCCCAGUGCCGCAAACUCUGCAGAUAAUUUGAAUUACUCGACUGGGGUGAGUGUCGCAGGUAUCCUUGCUUUGAUGACGGCCGGGUUCUUUAUUUAG